CUCUUUAGGUUACACUUACAGAGAGUAUUUUCGGCGGCAGCAAUGGCGAAAGGAGACGAUGCAGUUCGUAAGAAGAAGAACAAAGUCUUAAGAAAACGGCUUAAUGCUGACCCUUCUACUCUGUCUACACGGAUUGCUGGUAUUAUUGCUGCUAAACAAAGACGAAAACAAGGCAAACGUCGCCAGUGUGAGGGAAUGUGUUUCACCCUUCCUACCCCUGAGGAUCCCUUCAAUGAGGGAAUUAGAAAGAAGGAACCAAAAGCAAAUAAGAAGAAGAAACUAAAAGCUAAGAAGCUCGUAUCCGAGAUGAAUUCUGAGAAGGUUGAAGGUAAGCAAAAAGUAAAGGCUUCGCCGAAAACAGUAGUUGAGUGCUUGAAUGCAAUUCAGGAAGCGUUUGUUAAAGAUGGUACCUUCUCUGGUAAUAAGGCCAAACCUGUUAUGGUUAAUACCUGGGGAAUGAAGUUCUGGAAAAGUUGUUCAGAGGGUUCGGAUGUCCUUGAGACAUCUGGAGGCUCUUCAACUGUGGAGCAGAUAGCUUGGGUAGUCUCUACGGCUGCUGCUAUGUUUACGAAGAAGGUGAAAGGGGAUGCAAACCCUUUCCUUUUGUUCCUCGUUCCAUCCAAAGAAAAAGCUAUUAAGGUAAGGUCAGUGUGCAAACAUCUAAAAGGACUUGGCGUACAAACUGUUAGCAUUCACUCUGGUAAAUCACUGGAUCAGCAGAUUGAUGGCCUAAAAAGUUGUGAGCCAGAUUUUCUUGUAUCCACUCCUGACCGGCUUCUGGAGCUUAUUGCAGUAAAAGCUGUUGACAUAUCUGCUAUUUCCUUGUUGGUUGUUGAUGGAUUAGAAAGCUUCGCUAAAGAUGGUUCUUUUGAGAAGAUAAAAUCAAUCAGGGAAGCUGUCACUGGAGUUCCUCAAACUGUCAUUUUCAACAACAGUUCUGACCGGAUCACCUCCUCCACUCAGAGAAAGCUUCUGCGGAAACAAUUUUGCACCUUGUCUCUCUAUGAUUCUGUAACGAGUCAAAAUGCCUGAUCUCUCUGUGUACACAUGUAUUUUCCUUUUUGGAAGAAUGAUGAUCAGGGCCGGCCCUGAGGAGGGAUCUGGCCUGGUAUACGUUAAUGAGUAUCUAGAGUUGGUACUUUUUUUUCUUUCAUUUUGGUUAUACAUUAGCAAUAGCAUUAUGCCAUUAUAUAAGAAAAGUUCAGGCC